AUGUGUCUCAGGUUCCAGGUGAGGAAACCUGCUGCAAAAUGUAACUCCUGUGACAGAAGUCUUCAUUGCUUAACAAGGAACAUAUCCAGAUAUGCGGAAGAUAUUAAGCCUUUGCCUCCCAACAUCAAAGAUAAACUGAUCAAAUCAUUGAGUGUCCAUGGGUGGAUAAGUGUUUCAAAUAUUAAUAUGGUUUUGCACCCUGCAGUAGAGGCACUCGACCUUCGGGGCUGUGAUGUUUCAGAUAAUGCCUUGCAACAGCUUUGUAACUGCAAACAGCUUAAGAAAAUUAACUUAAACAUUUGGAAAGGCAACAGACUAACAGUCACUUCAGAAGGGGUUGCAGCACUGGCCUUGUCAUGCCCUUAUUUACGUGAAGUCUCUUUUAAAAGAUGUAGCAACAUUACAGAUUGUGGAGUCCUUGCCCUUGCCCUCCACUGCCCACUUUUGCAAGUAGUUAACAUAGGUGGAUGUUCCAGCAUUACAGAUACAUCACUGCAAGCUCUUGGACAGAACUGCCAAUCCCUACAUAGUGUGGAUUUUUCAUCUACCCAGGUUACUGAUGAUGGUGUAAUAGCACUUGUUAGUGGAAUGUGUUCAAAGAAUUUAAAGGAGAUCCAUAUGGAGCGGUGUUGUGUGAAUCUGACUGACAUAGCUGUGGAAGCUGUUCUCACUUGCUGUCCAAGGAUAUACAUUUAUCUGUUCCAUGGAUGCCCACUGAUAACAGAUCGUUCUCGAGAAGCCCUGGAACAGUUGGUUGGACCAAUUAAGUUUAAGCAGGUUUCAUGGACUGUUUAUUGAUUUUUCUUUAGUUGUUGAUGGGCUCUCUUUUUCAAGA